AUGGAGUCCAAGCCAGUUGUGUGUGCCGUGUGCAAGCACAAUGGCAAACAAUUAUGCGACCCUAACUGCUGUUUUGCUAGGCAUUUUAUGCCUAGCAAUUUAGAAGACUUCCAAAUUGUGAAGCAGCAUUUUGGCAUUACGAACUUCACAAAGCUUGUAGAUAAGGUGGCCGAUGAUCAAAAGGACUCCGCCAUUGAAUCAUUGGUCUAUGAGGCCACAAUAAGGAGGAUGACUCCCAUUGAAGGCACUCUAGGCGCCAAGGCCGUGCUUCAAGACAAGAUUCGUAAGACAAUAAAGGAGUUGGUGAGAGCCAAAAGAAAACUCGAAUCUUUGAAAUCAACAAAAACUCCCAUAACAACUCCCCCAUUUGUAGCUGAUUUUGACCUAAACGUUGUUCCGGUUAUGGAAAACUCAACAGAUAGUAAGGAAGAUAAUUCGAAGACAGGGGGAUCUAGGUAA